UCCGAUUCCAUGGUUGAGAUUCAGCGUACCCAAAGCGAGAGUAGUGGUUCAUUAUCCCCUUCUGCAGUGGAGGAGAGCAAAUAUCGCCUUCUCUAUAGUAAAUCCAGAGUCUACGUUAAUCCAACCGCAUACGCUAGAGAUAACAUCCCGGGCUUCGUAGCUCUUGUCAAACGCGAGGCUGUCAAUCCUACCUAUCUGCUUGCAUGGAUUCCAGAGACACUGCUGUGCGAGAAGGGAACCGACGAAUGGGACAAGUUUGUGAGGAUUGAGGAGAAGGCCAUGUUGGAUGAGGAGGAUGAAGAUGCGGUCCUUAUCGACCUUCCUACACAAAGACCAGAGUCCUAUGCAUUCUCGGUUCCUCUGACUUCGAUAUACUCUCUUCUUGUCCAUCCACCUACCCUUUCAUCAUGGCAUGGUACUAUCGGUAUAAACCUCAUAAACAGUUCCACGCUCCCAACUCUGCACUUCCACGAUGACGAGUCGUUUUCAACGACACUACCGUUUCGAUAUAGUAAAAGCAACUCCACUGGUGCAUACCCUCCCACAUCAUUACCAUCGUCUUCUCGAACCUCAACCUCAUGGGGAGGCGAGGAUUUGCUCUCUCGUCUACGACCUUAUGCCCAUCUACUCCGCUCCACACUCCAGCCUUCCUUGUUUAUCGUCGACCCAUCUAAAGCCGACAUUGACACGCACACCACUCAGAUAUUUGACGACGACGCUGUGGAUGAUAUCCUUGCGCAGUCAUCGUAUGCUUCUUCGCACUCACCUGUACCUGCUCACAGACGCCCACGUCCAUUACACAGUGUUCCUGCAAAUACAUCUAAUCAACAUCCCACUCGUCCAUCCGUUUUGCAUCGCUCUCUUUACCCACCCUCCAUUUCCACCACACAAUCCAGCUCUCAUGCACGGAUGGCGCUGCUGCAAUCCUUUUCAAAUAUCACUAGAGCGACGCGCCACGCCGCGCAAAACAUUCUCUCUCAUCCUCUCGCUAAGCCUAUCGUCCCGCAUCUCCCAGACCCUGUCAAGAGUCUAGUCAAUGCCAAUGGCGACUUGGAAUGGGGUAGUUGGGUGGAGAAAGGGGGCGUUGGUGAGUUUGAGAGUGCGAGGGUGUAUCUUGCUCGCUGGGCCCGCAUAGUUGCUGAAGAGGGCGAUCGAGCACGUAAACGAGAGGCUCAGGCACUGCCCUCCUCCUCAGAUGUGGUUGAGGAAAUAUCUCCGCUGGGUGUGUUCGAGCUUCUUCACUCCACGAUCAACCUUCCCUCUCCAAAAACUUCUCGAGACCCGGCACACCCAAUAGAUGAGGCGCUUUGGGCGAAGUGGUUUGAUAAGGACGGACGACCGAAAGUCAGGCUCGAAGAGAUGAAGUGCCAGGUCUUCAGGAGAGGCAUCACUCCUUAUGGAAACCUGAGGAAGAAAAUGUGGCCCUUCAUACUUGGUGUCCACGAAUGGGACAUAACUGAUAGUGAGAGGGAAGCGAAAUGGGAGGAGAAGAGAAAGCGAUACUGUGAGAUCAAGGAUGAGUGGUGUGGUGUGCCCGAGGUCUUUGACAGGCCGGAUGUCCUCGAAGAACGUCACCGCAUUGAUGUAGAUUGUCGCCGCACAGACCGCACUCAGCCACUGUUCUCUACUUCCUAUGAGGAUACCGCUGACAAUGGCUCAAAUGGGGAUCGUCGGUACACAACGAUCUCUCCCCAGAUGUCGGACAUCGGUGCACAAUCUCCCAGUAAUGAACAUAUCGAUCGUCUCGCAGGCAUUCUCCUCACAUACAAUUUCUACAAUAAAGAGCUUGGGUAUGUACAGGGCAUGUCGGACCUUUGCGCUCCUUUGUACGUUGCGAUGGGUUCCGACGAGGAGCUGACCUUCUGGUGCUUUGUGGAAAUUCAAAAUUUCCUUCGGGAUCAGAGUGGAAUGAAGAAACAACUCUCAACGCUCCAAGAACUUAUCAGUGUCAUGGAUCCUGAUCUAUAUCGACAUUUAGAAAAAACUGACGGGCUCAAUUUGUUCUUUUGCUUCCGAUGGGUCCUCAUCGCUUUUAAACGUGAAUUCCCUUUUGACGAUGUCUUGCGUCUAUGGGAAGUGUUGUGGACGGACUAUUACAGCAAUGAAUUCGUUAUCUUCGUCGCUUUAGCAAUCUUGGAGUCCCAUCGGGACAUGAUCCUACGGUAUCUCGUAGAGUUUGACGAGAUCCUGAAGUAUUGCAAUGAGCUCAGCAUGACCAUUGAACUCGAUUCUACUCUUGCCCAAGCAGAGGUCCUCUUCCUGUCAUUUGCUCAGCUCGUUGCAGACAUCGACAGAAGGCGAGCGGAGGAAGCCACUGAUUCUACUAGUAGCGUGCUACGGCAACGAGGGACAUCUUCCUCAGAAGGAAAGGCGUCUCUGUCAAAGGUAGCCAUGCCUACUCUGAGCGACAACCUUAGGGACUUGUUAAAGACUGGGCGCUGAAUCGGACGAGUGGGAACAUUGAUUUAUAUAGUGUAGUCGUGCGGCAUAACUGAUACUGUAAUGCACGUGUAUAAUACCGUCAAAUCCUUGCUCGAAUCUGCGAGUUCCAGUGCACGUCAGUCUUAUGGUUACAUAUAAAUCAGUGCCACUCCUGCUGGUGGCUGGAACUUCCAGUUUAGUGCGUUUGGCCAUGAAGGUGCCGAUGUGAUGUUCCGUCCCUCGUGAUGUCACAUGUAUGAGAGUAAUAAUUUAGGGCUGCCCAGUGUUGAGCCAGAAUUAAGCAUGCUGCAUGUGGCGUAGCUGCGGUUUGAUAACAACCAGAUUAAUUUGAACGG